AUGCAAAGCGAUUCUUCCUCCUGCCUCCCCAAGCGCAAAAAUCCCGAUCUCGGGAAGCCGCCUCGACGCUCCCGGCGUGUGUUCCACGCAUCCCUUCUCCCCGCGGCAGCCCAGGCGCUCAGAGGUGUCAGACGCGGCCCCGGCACCGGGAGGGCUGCCCGGGAACGGGGCGGGUUCCCCACGGAGCGAACCCCUCGGGCGGGACCGGCCACCGUGCCACACAUCCACGGGAAUUCCCAAAUUCCCGAGCACCACCUUCGCUUGGGGGGCUUCACGCGGGGCCUCCCCGGAUCCCGGGGUGACCGGCAGAGACCCCGCUCGGACGGGGCCGCUCCGGUGGCGGGGCCGGGGCACCGACCCCUCCGUGGGACCCGCCGCCGCCCCCCCGUCCCGGGGCAGGGGUACAGCCCGGCUCUGCCCACGGCGGGGCCCGGGCCCGGCUGCGAGCCCCGUUCCCCCCUCCCGGUGCUGCCACAGCCGCGGGGCCACGCACCGGCCGGGGCUCCCACGCCGCGGUCCCGGCUCCCGGUGGUAGGGGGCACAGCGCCGCACCGCCGCCGGGGGGGUCCUCAGAGCCCCCCACCUCCCGCUCCGGUUACCCCCAAUCCCGCCGCUCCCCCCCAUCCCGGCGAUCCCGCUGUUCCCGGGGCGCGGCGGCUCCGCCGGGGCCGCGCUCCCCUCACACCCCCCGACCCCCCCCGCUCCCCCCUCACGCCCCCCCCCAACCCUCCCCGCGCCCCCCGCCCGCCGCCCCUCGCGCUCACCGCGGGCUCCGCGCGCGCCCCACGCCGCGCCGCGCCCGGCCGAAGGGAGGGGCGGGGCGGGGGUCGCGGCCCCCUCGGCAGCGCCGCGCGCCCGGCUCGGCAGCCCCCCGUCCCUGACCUACUUUCCGCCUGGCUUGCCACCCGACGGCGCACCACUAACCUACUUUCCAGCCAAUGGCACCCUCCCCCGGCCCCGCGCCGGACGCGCCCGCCCGCCAACGGGAGAGCGGCGCCGCGCCCGCCCGGGCCAAUGGGCGGCCGGGGAGACGGCAGCGCCCGCCCCCCCGAGCAGGGGCCAAUCCCCGAGCGGCCCCGCUCCAGUGGCCAAUGGGGAGGGCGGACUGGCAACGCUGGCCCCGCCCCACGGCGCGCGGCGGGAGGGGGGGCGUGA